GGAACGCCCGCGCAUGAAAGCUCCAGGAUAAGCGCAGAUAGGUCAACGACUGGGGGCUCCAUGUCCCCGUGCCUAAAGGCUGGAAAUGGUGGGCAAACAAGGGAGUGGGUUCCCUGCAAGUGACCCUUAUCUUCCCCGACCAUGGCUCUGUCCUUGUCGCUCCUUCAAAUUAUUCCUCUGGGAUUGCUUUCAUGGGUCCUUGCGAGAUACGCAGUCACAAAGCUCAGAGGCAACCGAUCUCUGCCCUUGCCACCAGGUCCAAAGCAACUACCGUUUCUGGGCGCUGUCUUUGACAUCGACUCCGAGAGCCCAUGGCUAACGUAUACACAGUGGGCAGCCAAGUAUGGCGAUAUUAUUAGCUGCCGCUUCUUCGGCAGCCAGGUGGUGGUGUUGAACUCUGACAAAGCUGCAGAAGACCUUUUGGACCGACGCUCUCGCAUCUACUCCGAUAGACCCGAGAUAUCUACAGUCCGUCUUUCUGGGUGGGACCUCGAUAUCGGUUUUCAGCCUUAUGGUAACGAGUGGCGUCUAUACCGGCGCCUUUACCAGCAGUCUUUCCGCGAGCAGAAAAUCAUCGACUACCAGUCUAUACAGCUUGCUGCUGCUCACCGCCUUCUAACCAACAUGAGCAACAAUUCUGACGACAAACUUUGGGGUCUUAUAUCAUUGUGCACGUCUUCCGCGAUCCUGUCUACAGUCUACGGUUACGAAGUCAACGCUCUUGACGAUCCUCUAUUCCACAUUAGCGACAAGGCAACUGAAACCGGAUUUCCAUUAUUGACCCCCGAAAUGUCCAUAAUCAUGGAUACGUUUCCUUUCGUCAAGUAUUUACCGACAUGGUUUCCCGGCACGUCCAUUGUUCGCGAAAUUCAGAUCGCCAAGUACUGGUCUAAACUGUUUUUUGAUUAUCCCUAUAAUUUUACGAUGGAGAAAAUGCAAUCCAAUCCGGCCUUUUCGUGCGUGCUUUCAGAGACAAUCCGGAGCAGCGAGGAAAGCGGUCAGAGCAUGCCGGUACGGUACUUGAAGAAGUUUGCUGGUACCGCUUUUAUUGCUGGCGCUGAGACGGCAGCCAGCGUGCUACAUACGCUCGUGGUGGCUUUACUGCAAAACCCUGUUGUACAGAAACGUGCUCAAGAUGACAUUCAAGCCGUUAUCGGCAAUGACCGAUUGCCAACAUUUGAGGAUAGGCCAUCGCUCCCGUACAUCGAGGCCAUGGUUCGAGAGGCGCUGAGAUGGAAUACAGUUCUUCCUCUCGGUGUUCCUCAUUUCUCAACAGAAGAUGAUGUCUACGAGGGAUAUUUUAUCCCUAAAGGCUCGACCGUCCUUUCUAACGCAUGGGGGAUGUCCCGCGAUCCCCAGCGGUACCCUGAUCCUGAGACCUUCCGACCAGAAAGAUUCCUGACAAAAGAUGGCGAACUAAACGGUGACGACGUGAGAUUCACCUUCGGUUGGGGCCGGAGGAUUUGUCCUGGGCGAUACUCGGCGGUCUCGGCAGUAUGGAUCGACGUCGCCUCCAUGCUGGCGGCAUAUACUCUUAAGAAGGCUAAAGACGAAAACGGGGUAGAGAUCGAACCGAUUCCCGAGUGGACGACUGGUGUUGCCAGAAAGCCCAAGCCAAUCCCGUUGCGCAUUGUUCCUAGGUUCGAGCCGUCGAGGCUGGAACAGAUGCUGAAAGAAGCUCAACAUGACUAACUGGGCAGUGGGCACUGAUGAUCAACCGAACAGAAAAAUUCUGAUUUGUUGACUAGCUUACUUGUCCUGUAUGUACGAUUGACCCACGAGGCAUUGAG